CUUGCGCCUGCCCGCUCGCCCUUUGCCAUUGUCGAACCACUCUUUUACCCCAUCCCACACAGGGUUCCUUGUGGUUCCUCUACUCCCGGUGUACCAUAAGCCCGCCAGAAUCUCAAAGGUUAUAAUUUUUCGCUACCUGUAGCUCGAUUAUAUCACCAUCACCAUCCGCUCCCGUCGAACUCGCUGUCGUUACCGAUCUACUCGCCACUUACAUCCUCAACCAAACCCUUGCCAUUUUCCAGCCUCCGGGGCCUUCAUUUUGAGUCAGACCUGGGAGUGUCUCCGAGAACUACCUACGAUCCCUGCCGACAAGCUUCCGAGAAUCUCCAAAUUCUGCACCACUUUCGUCACUCCCUUUGAGCCUGUAACCGGAAAUUCAGGAACCCUCCCACUCCGUAGGCGGGAAGCUGCGAUAUCAACGAGAUACUUAAACCCCAACCAACGGUGUUGGAUUUGCGAAGAGGAGGACCAUUAGAAGUGUGACGCCGUCAUGGCGCAGACUGGUGUCAACCCACAGGCAGCUGCAGACCUGUUAAGACAAGCCAUGGCACAGAAGUACGUACAAAUUUUCUUUACCAAAGUGCUUCGUAUUCGACGAACUCGGGAAUGGUUGGCUAUACACCGCGGGGCUAUUCUUUCCUUGGCCUCGGUUGCAAGGAGCGCCAACUUCUUCACUUGGCCUCCUUUCACCAUGGUCCCUACGAAUUAGUUCCGAGUCCGUCAAUAUUUGGGUCCUGGGUGAAAGCCCGCUUCUGGAUAUACAACUAGCGUUCUUGCAAGGCGAUCAUCAUGUGUAGCCCACUUGGACUGGGCACUGGUGGUGGCAUGAGAGGACCUUUGUCUGCUGCUGCUGUAUCUUCUCUCAAGUUCAUCGCUGACCCUGCGGACAGCAGUGCUAGACAAGAGUUACGAGAUGAUCUCCACGAUCAGAUCGGCUCGGGCUCGCCCACCCCUUCAGGCGUUGCGACGCCACGGCCAGACCUCCACGAUAAGCGACUACCUGGAAUCAUGCACAGCUACUUUGGCCAGGUGGGUAGAGAUCCUUCUCAAGAUACCCCGUCACGGUCAUCUCAAGCUGCCACCACCCCCGAAGAUAAUGAAGAGUCUGCACAUUCCUUGUUGAAGAGUCCGGAGAAACACGAGGACCGCCGGGUGUCGUCUGCAUCUCUAGGCUCGAUGGUGAUGGUGGAGCGGGAACAAGCACCGGCGCCGACGCCGCCACCUGAUGAGCCACAGACUGAGUCUACGCAGCCGGUCACACAGACUGACACCCCUCAAAUGCCGCCUACACCAGUCUCGUCCGCCGCUUCAGUGGUGCACCGAGAUGGAGAGGCUGCAGAGAAUGGCUCAUCAAUGCUGGACGGUGGUCUAGCUUCCAUCACGCAGGCUCUGAGGAAUUUUGUACUCCCCAAGAGUGCAUCUGCGGUGAAAGAGCGUCGGCACCAGUCCUUACCCGUCUCUAGCGUUACCAAAAGCAAUGUUUCUGCGGCACAUAUCUCCAACCCUACAUCGUCCACCCACUCCUCACGACCACAAAGCCCCAAACAUCCAUCUCCAAGUUCUGCUAAGCCACCGUCAUCUGAGAUUUUACAAGAGACACAAGAGCUAACUUCAGACGUGGCCGAUCGGCCGCGUAAAAAGUCUACACCACCUCUCACUCCUCGAGCCUUGUCCCAAGAAGGACGACGGAUUGAAACACGUUCACCAUUGUCCAGCACGAGCACGGCCGCUGGGGACAGUAGUGCCGAGACGACGGAGAAAGCUUUGCCGAAAGAGGACAUACCACCUACGACUGCUCCUCGAGGCAAGUUGUCUAUCAAGAUUGCGGAGGGCCGGAAUCUGAAGCCCUCCUAUGAUCCUUAUGUCGUCUGUCAAUUUGAAUGGAAUGAAUAUGUGUCUAAAGGCCCCAAGCACGACAGGAUGGACGUGGAUGGCGAUGACCGAAAGGGACCUGUGGGUGCACUACAAUCUAUCCCAAUCCGACGAACAGACAGCGAUAUGGGGAAGCCAAUGGCUAUCCCGAUGCGUAGUCGCCAGAGCAGUACAAAUGGGACUGGCGACGAACGGGGGCUCAGCAAGGUGACUGACCCCCAGUGGGACCACGACGCCACAUUCGACGUCGUCAGUCACCAGUCAGAGCUGGACGUGACAGUGUAUGACCGUCAGACCGAAGCUUUCUUGGGCCAUGUCCGCUUGUGUCUGAAUCUUUCGGAACAACAACCUGAUCUGGAGGGAUUCUUCCAGCUCGGGCCAAGAAGCCCAGAAGACCAAGACAUAACUGGCGAGAUCCAUAUCCGCAUGCAUUUUACCAAGGUCGACAAGAAGCAUUUCGGCCCUAAUGAUUUCCAGAUUCUAAAGUUGAUCGGGAAGGGUACGUUUGGCCAAGUUUACCAAGUCCGCAAGAAGGACACCGGACGUAUUUAUGCAAUGAAGGUCCUUUCGAAGAAGGUUAUCAUCCAAAAGAAGGAAAUUCAACACACCAUUGGAGAGAGAAAUAUCCUGGUACGGACGGCCACCACCGAAUCACCUUUCAUCGUUGGCCUGAAAUUCUCGUUCCAGACGCCCACCGAUCUUUACUUGGUCACAGAUUUCAUGUCCGGAGGCGAGUUAUUCUGGCACCUUCAAAAGGAAGGCCGGUUCAAGGAGGACCGCGCCAAAUUUUACAUUGCUGAGCUCAUUUUGGCGCUAAAGCACCUCCAUGAACAUAACAUAGUCUACAGGGAUCUUAAGCCAGAGAACAUCCUUCUGGAUGCCAAUGGUCAUAUUGCCUUAUGCGACUUCGGACUUUCCAAGGCCAAUCUAACUCAAGAUGACACUACCAAUACCUUCUGUGGCACCACCGAAUACUUGGCUCCUGAGGUCUUACUCGACGAGCAAGGCUACACCAAAAUGGUUGACUUCUGGUCACUUGGCGUUCUAGUCUUUGAGAUGUGCUGCGGCUGGAGUCCUUUCUAUGCCGAGGACACCCAGCAGAUGUAUAAGAACAUUGCGUUCGGCAAAGUACGCUUCCCGAGAGACGCAUUGAGCACUGAAGGCCGCAAUUUCGUCAAGGGAUUGUUGAACCGCAAUCCCAGGCACAGACUAGGUGCCAAUGGUGAUGCCGACGAAUUGAUGGCGCACCCAUUCUUCGCCGACGUCCAGUGGGAUGCUCUAGGCAAGAAGAACCUUGUGCCGCCGUUCAAGCCGAAGUUGUCCUCGGUCGCCGACACCUCAAAUUUCGAUCCCGAGUUCACCAACGCCUUGAACACUUCAUCUUCUUUGAAUGCUCGCGCCGCCGCUCUGGCAGCUGGUGCUAACCCUGCUUCGACGCCUUUGUCGCCAACCAUGCAGAAUGCUUUCAGAGGUUUCACGUUUGUCGAUGAGAGUACCAUGGAAGAGCGCUUUGGCGGUUCGAGAGAUGGCGACGAUGACCGAGUUGAUGAAAACGGUUUGGCACGCUCAAGGACGCAUGAGCAUCGGAUGAGUGGGGUCCAGAAAACUGGGGAUGAUGGGUUCUUCUUCGAGCAGGAAUGAAUAGGCUGGGAUUUUGGAUACUCUAAAAAUUUGUUACCACACGCACAGCUGCGUGCCGGAAAUGUCGAUAAUGCUGCAUCCGGGCAGUGUUACCUGUCUGUCAUACGUUCUAAUCAUGUCAUGUCCAUAGCCGACCCUUGUCUAAUGAUGGAGGCGUCCCAAUCACCAAAAAAGCGACUUGCUGGUCAAUGAAAUUGGGUUUAUUGUUCUUGGAUGGUUGUCAUGUUCACCGAAGUCAUGUCUUGUGCUCACAUCACAGACCGAGCUUGCAAGAUCGAGCCAUGCUGGGCUGGAUUGAGCCAGCAAUGAGGUCCCUGUGCCGAAGGCUGUAGGAUGGGUUCCAAGGAGACGGGACGAAAAGUGUACUACAGCACCAAGUUGCUCUAGUCGUAUUGAUCUUUGCGCCGAACUACUAAAACGUAUCAUCAGCAUCAUAUGUCUUGAAC